AUGCAUACUACUACUACUACUACUACUACUACUACUACUACUACUACUACUACUACUACUACUACUACUACUACUACUACUACUACUACUACUACUACUACUGCUACUACUACUACUACUAAUACUACUAAUACUAAUACUAAUACUACUACUAAUACUACUACUACUACUACUACUAAUACUAAUACUACUACUACUACACACGAUGAUGAAAAAAAUCCCACUGGUCAAUGA